AGAGGAAUCGUAAUUCCAUUUUAAUUCCUCAUUUGAACUUGCCGCUCAAUCCUAGUGAGAUUAUUUAUCACUAGGCCGCGACACAACAAAUCGAAUAGUUAGACUUUUUAAUACUUCAUGUUGGCAAACGACGCGGUGCAUCAUGGCGCAUGUCAAUCCUUGUCUGCUAGCCGUACGUCAGUGUACGAAAGAAAGGGGUGUUAUCCCUGGAUUCUUUGGGAUAAUGUUCACGAAAUACUCAAUUGUGUAAACUCCGCGAGAUUUAUAUUAAAGGAAAAAGAUUCUCAGAAAAGUGUCAACAUGGCGGAAUCGGCCGGGCCGAUUCUCCACGUGAUAGUCGUUGGAUUUCAUCAUAAGAAAGGAUGUCAAGUGGAAUAUUCAUUUCCACCUUUAGUUCCUGGUGCUCCAAAUGAGUGUCCUCUUGGAUGGAAAUACUUGCCAACAUUGGCAUUACCUGAUGGAUCUCACAAUUAUGACGAGGAUGCAGUGUACUUUCAUCUACCUAGUCUCACUGAUUCUAAACAAACUGUAUAUGGAGUUUCAUGCUUUCGUCAAAUUCCAGUAGAGAAAUUAAAAAAUCGCACAUCAGAUAUUACGAGGGGUACGGUGCAGAAGUCUGUGUGUGUUCUAAGUAUCCUGCCAUUGUAUGGACACAUUCAAGUGAAAAUGGCCCUCAUUACUCAUGCUUAUUUCGAUAAAGGAGACUUCAGUAAGGUUUCUUUGCUCGAAGACACCUAUCAUCAUCUAAACUCAUGUAUGAGUAGUGACAGUCAGAUGCCACCACAAGUUUUUGUUGGACUCUCUGCGAGGGAUUUCAUACUACAUUUCCGACACAAGGCACUUCUCCUCUUCAAAUUACUUUUACUGGAGAAAAAAGUUGUCUUUUAUCAAUCACCAGUACAGCCUCUGUGUGUAGCGAUAUUGACUCUACUAUCGUUACAUCCUGGUAUGAUUGAGCGUGGUUUGGAGCAGGCUGCCUGCGUUAGACCAUCCCGACCAAUGUCGCCAAUACCGAACUUCGAUGAAGAUGAAAUUCCAACGAAAAAUGUCCAUUCAAAUUUAUCCGGUAGCGAAGUUGCAAAAGAUAAUUCAUCAGUUGCGAAUUGUGAGAACAACAGCAACAUUGCUAACGAAAUACCGCUUUGUAUGAAUGAUAAUAAGACCAUUGAAACUAUGGAAGGAAAGUGCAUGGACGGGAUGAAUUUGCCGAUGAAUAAAAAUUACAGUGAUAACGAUAGCGAGUCAGAGACCAAGCUGAUCGAAGUGGAUUCCAUGAAGGAGUGCACAGAGUCCUUCGGUGAUGAUAGUAAUUCUAAAUAUUCUCCAAAACCGACCGACAACGUGCACAGGGUUCAUAGUGUAAAUACAAUAAACGUAGGUAUGGGAGACGCGGAUAACAUAUUGCCCAGAGACACUAGUAGCGAUGCAUUGUCAGAUGCAAGAGUCACGAAUAAUAUCACCCAGAUAGCACACAUCAAUCCAGAACUCUGCGGAUUACCUUUAAGUUUGUUUUCCAGGGGAUACCUUUGUCUACCUUACCUGUCCCUACCAUACUUGGAUCUCCUGGGGGACGUGAACGUCCGAGGGUACAUCGUGGGAGCAACAAAUGUUUUGUUCAAGCAGAAAAAACAAUUGAUCGACGUGUUAAUCGAGGUUGAAAGUGCACGAAUAGAAGCGACGGAUCCGGAAUUGAGGCGUCAAUUGCACUUAACCACGGAAGACUUGAGGUUCGCCGAUUACGUGGUGAGACAUGUGACUGAACCCAGGAAGGACGCUUUCCUCGACGGCGUCGGUUGGGAGGGUGGAGACGAAUGGAUAAGAACACAAUUCCGAGUAUAUCUUCUGAGCCUUCUGCGAACUUCUUUGCAGCAGGAUACGCGGCAAUCCGAUCAUUUCAAUUCCGCCUUCGUAACAGCCUGGCGCAAUACUAGCAAUUACAAAGUUUGGAGCGGUAUAAAUAAGCCUGAGAUCAAUAGUAUUGAAUCAGGUCAUCCAUUUGCUGGACAACUUUCUGUACAGGAUAUGAAAUUACGUUUGUCCCAUACGAUGCAGAACACUGAGAGCGGAAGGAAGAUCAAUCAGGCUAUGGCAUCUACGGGAAGAGCAGUAGCGACCACCGGAAAGGCAGUAGGCGGUGCAAUCUCGCAAGCCAAGGGAGCUUUUUCAAAUUGGUGGAGCACAUUGACGACCGUUCAAGGAAUGGAUGCUGAAGGGAGAAAUGACAAUCAAACAAUGGAUAACCAGGAAACAGUUUCAAAUCCGACAGAAAAAUUGAAUCCAAUGGUGAAUGCUGUAGAUACACCUACGAGUAAUACAGACACUGCUGUUAUUACGGAUCAACUGUAACUGCCAUCUUACGAAAAUUUCAUCGCCAUAAUAAUUCAGGCCAGAGACGUCGAUUUCUGGGAGGGAUAAACUGACGAAUUAAUUAAAUCAAAUAUAGGUAAAUGGCAGUAGUGAUAACGUCAAUUAUUCAAAGUGAAGACAGCGAGGCUUGUUUAUCACAAGUGGCUCAACCAAAACUUCUUUACACAAACUAUAUUGAGAUUUUAAUAAUUGCAAAUUGGCGGAAAAAAUUUAUCUGAGAUCGGCGUCUUUGAGCAAAUAAUUGUCCCUUCUCCUGACCCGUCGCAUGCGCCCUUGUAGAUGUAUAUAUUAUUUAAUAUGUUAGUUGUACCCACCCUCGUUCGAUAAUGUGCAAAGACUGACCUGUGAAUUACAAAAAAAUAGUAAACUAUUAAGUGACUUUAAUGAAUUAAAAAAAAAAAAAGUAAUUUUAUCGCAAUAUGUAUGCUGUUACGUUUCUUUGACAUUGCCUAGAUUUGUAUUAUUUAAUUUUAAAAGUUAGAUAGUAGUAUAAUCGAUGUACACUCGCGCAGAAGUCUUUGGCCAAGAACUAUUUAAUAUUUAAUGAAAUUUGGCUAAAGACUUUUUGCACGCUAAUGCACGCUAUACAUCUGAUAGAAUUGCAAGUCACUCGUACCAGGCAAUUGUACUUGGCAUGGUAUCGAAUGGGGGUUUAGAAUAUUAUUUAAUUAAAAUCAUAUAAAACCAGGGUAGUUUUUAUAUAGCGAUUUAUAUGAAAGUGUUGAAUAUCAUAGAAAUGUCAAAUGACAUUAUAGUUUCCUUUAUACUGGUACAUGUAAGUGUACGCCAUGGUCAUGAUGUAUUACACUUCAUUUGACAAUGUUUUACCUUUUGCCUGGUGUCAUCUGAAGUACAUGUGAACUGAUUUCAAAGAUUUUAAUAUUGAGAAUGAGAAUGAGCCAAUUACUGUCACUUAACAAACACAAUUGAUAGCUGUAGCAAAAACGAAAUGACAAAAUGAAAAUCAUUUGUAUCGAGAUUAUGUACUUGAAGUAUACUUUGAUAAGUUUAUAGAUGAAUUAAGAAAUCAUUUCCACAAGUAUAAGGAUAGUGAACCACAGAAAAAUGAAUUUAUUUAUCAGGGUUAUGUUUUAACGUGUUACUUUUUCUACUUUCUCUAGAAAAUUCCAAAAUUUAAGGCUAACGAUUAGAGAAUUAUGAAAAGCAAGGAAUCUAAGAGCUGUGUGGUUAUAAUUAAAUUGGAAAAUGUGAUAUUUUAUUUUAUAAAUGAAGAAAUUAAGUCAUAUCGUUGCUUUCAUAACCGUAUAUUUGCGAGACUGCAUACUUCUCAAUUAUUUGAAAAAUAAUUCAUGCCUUUCAGGCCGAAUGGUACUAAUCAAUUGGAAUAAGAUUGCUUUAACGUUGCGUAAACAAAAUAAAAUCUUUCCAGUCCCCUUUAUAUUUGAACACAGCAAAAAGCGAUAUGAUGUAAUACAUAAACGAUCAUCUAUAACAAAACUACCUGAAGAAUAAUUGAUAAUUAAUUUUUAAAAACUCUUAUUUGCUAGUCACCCGUUAUGUAUACGUAUAUAUAGAUAUAUAGGCCUCUACAAGCAUAUAUAUAUAUAUAGUAUAUACCCAAAUGUAUACGAAAUAUUUUGCAACAUUCAUAAUAGGUACUCGACAUUUCUAUACGACAUUAACGAAGCAAAAAGGCACAUUUAUUUAUUUAGAAGUUUUUUUAUUAUUCCUUAUUAACCUCUUAAUAAGUAGCUGCGUAUUGCGAAUUUAGUGAUGGCGCAAGAAAAAGAAAGGAAAAAAAACCAUAUAAAGAGAAGCUAAUUCGUAAAUAGAAAUAAAUAAAGAUCCCCUAAGUAAAGUGAUAAUUUCCGCACGUAACGGAAUUCGCACUAUCAUUGAAUCAUUAGGUUCUAAUAACAAUAUAAUACAUAUACAAGAAACAUGAAGUUCAGAGAUCAUUGAGUAUAACAAUAAGAGGGCGAUCAUCGUCCCUUCGAUAAAAUAAAAAUCUAUCAUACUGAGAAAUCUGUGCAAUGAACGAAAAUAAAGAUGAAUGUGAUGAA